ACAGUGGUACGUUCCAGUAAUAUUUAUAAUAUAAAGUAUUGCUAAAAUCAUCGAGAAUUUUGCGUAGUGAAGUGCAUAUACACAAAUUAAUACAAUUUAAACAAACGUAUUACAUUUAGACGAUGUGUUACGUGAAAUAUGUAAGAAAUUCUUGUUUUUUUCAUAUUUUACAAAAGGUUGUGGUGUAGUCGAAAUUGAAGCUCACAGCUGAGAAGGUAGUCGAUCGAGGUGUCUUGGUGUGAAUGUUGCGCACCACCGUAAUUUCGGUGUCAUUUUUCGCGAGUGUGAAGCAGAAGUGGUGUGGCUUCACCACGGCGUUCACGUAGACACACUGGCCUCCUGGCAAAACCCACAAUACGGUGGAGUCUCUCCGCCUCCACGGAAGAAACGAAAGCAAUCUUCCGAGGACACCACUUCAACCACAGACAAUAUGCAGCAGCAGAAUCAACAACAUCAGUUGCAACAGCAGCAACAACAAGCAUCUAAUGGGUCAAGUGAAGUGCAGCAAAAUGGUAUGGGACAAACUGAUGGGUGUGAGGGUAACACUGCUGAGUCACAAAAUGGUGUGAGAGAGGAGGAGUCCUCCCCUAAGUUGAGUGUGGUACAGCAAGAGAUGGUUCGCCUCAUUGGACAACACCUUGUCGAGCUUGGCCUAAAGAAGAGUGCCGAGCUGUUGAUGUCUGAAUCUGGGUGCCGCUUAGACCACCCAGCAGCAGCAAGGUUUCGUCACUGUGUUAUGGAUGGUGAAUGGGCCAAAGCUGAAGCAGCUCUCAGUGAGUUGCGCACAAUGCUAGAUGAUCCCUCAAGCCUUAAAGAGAUGCGUUUCUUACUACUGGAACAAAAAUAUCUUGAGCUCCUUGAGGGUGGGCAGGCUAUGGAUGCCUUGACAUGUCUCCGCUCACAGCUCACGCCCUUGCAGCACAACAUGGACCGUGUUCAUCAACUUUCAAGCCUUAUGUUUAUGUCAAAUCCUGAGGAGCUGCGAGCUGCAGCACAUUGGACAGGCAUGGGCAAGGACUCCAGAAAAGAGCUCAUGGACCGUCUGCAGCAUUUUUUGCCACCUUCAAUAAUGUUGCCUCCACAUAGACUUGAAACUUUAAUUCUUCAAGCUGUGGAGCAGCAGCGUACCCAGUGUGCCUACCACAACACACGCAGCGAUAGUCAGGUGAGUAGAGGAAGUGAUGACGACUGCAUUCAACGCUAUGCAAAGGUCCUUGGUUCUGGAGGCUCACUACUUAUGGACCACUCUUGUUCGCGAAAUGCCUUCCCAGGAACUACCGUCCAGAUCCUUUCAGACCACUGUGAUGAGGUCUGGAUUGCUCGCUUCAGUCCUGAUGGAAGUAAAUUGGCUACAGGAUCCAAAGAUUCAACAGUAAUAAUUUGGGAUGUUGAUCCAGAAACUUUGACAGUCACAAGACGUUUCACCUUGGAUGGGCAUUCAUAUGGUGUUGUUUAUUUAGCCUGGAGUCCAGAUAGUUCCAAACUUAUAGUUUGUUUACAAGAGGAGGCUGCUGAACUUGUGGUUUGGGACACUGAGCGUGGAGAGCAGAUCUGCAAGGUGUCCAAUUCUCCUGAUGAUUCCCUUACGUGUGCUGCAUGGCAUAAGGAUUCACGGAAGUUUGUUUGUGGUGGAAUGCGAGGACAGUUUUACCAGUGCGAUUUAGAAGGUCACAUACUUGAUUCCUGGGAAGGGGUUAGAGUACAAUGCCUCGCCAUACAAAAUGAUGGAAAGACAGUUCUUGCAUCUGAUACACAUCAUCGCAUUAGAGGGUACCACUUUGAUGAGGUGCAAGACCAUAAUAUCAUUCAGGAAGACCACAGCAUAAUGUCCUUCACUCUUGAUAAUACAGGCAACUAUGCCCUACUUAAUGUGGCCAAUCAGGGAGUUCACUUGUGGGAUCUACGCAAUAGAACUUUAGUCCGUAAAUUUAGAGGUCUUACACAAGGUCACUACACGAUACACUCGUGCUUUGGAGGAGAUAAUCAAGACUUUGUAGCAUCAGGAAGUGAAGAUAAUAAGGUUUAUAUAUGGCAUCAUCGGAGAGAAUUGCCUGUUGUUACCCUUGUUGGACACACUCGGACAGUCAACUGUGUGACGUGGAACCCUCGCUACCCAGCCAUGGUAGCAUCUGUAUCAGAUGAUGCUACAGUUCGAAUAUGGGGACCUGCACCACAGUAUAGAGGGACAUCAUCAAGCCAAAAUGGCACAAGUGCCACUUCCAAUGGUAAAGUGGAAAGCUAAUUGGAGGGAGUCCGAAUCUCCAACAUCACACAUGUUCCUGAGUAAUGGUGCAGCUGUUUAGUGCAGAAACAAUAGUGUGCCCCACACUUUUUGUCUCGUCACAUGUGGCUCAUUCUUAGUUGCUGGUGCUGCUAAGUUCAAGUGUCACCAUGUGAAUACUAGUGCCACAGUGUAAAAUGACACUAUGUGGAUUUUAGUGUCACAGGAGCAAGUGAUGCCAUGUGGAAACUAGUGCCACAAAGGAAGUGCAUGUGGCAUUCUUGCCAUUGUCAAAAACAUUUCUGAUUAACAUCUUGUGACAUGGACAUCAUUGUCAUAAGCUAAGUGAUGGACAACUAGGUGGAUCCAAAUCUAUCUGUGAAUCAUUCCUCUGUGAGUGGGACCUAUAUGCCAGAUGGGUGUAAUCAUCUGUGCAGAUUACAUCACCAGAGAAUGCUCCUUUCUUCUGAACCAAAUAGGCCCUCUGUGAAAUUUCUACUUUUCUCUCGUCUCUACCCUUCAGGGCAGAGGUAUUUGUAAGAAUACGACUUUGAAGAGGAUUUCUCCCUUGCUGCAACACUCAUUUUUCUUAUUUUCCAGUUUCUGUCUUCCACAGGUUGGGCAAUCUGCAAAAGGAGAACAAUUUUACUCCUUAAGAGGUCUUUGCUCUGAAUAGAUACCAUGCUGUAAGUGAAAGUGUAUGUUUCAUUCACCAGAGCACACCUCCAUAAACAGGGAAUUAAUUAUUGCCUUAUGAAUUUUUCCUGUCAAGAAAAAGGCAUUGUUCAUAAGAAUUCCUUCCUGUGUAUGUGGAUCACUCUAAGAGUAUAAAUCACAGUAGGCUCCUAAAGUUGCCAGAACUGCUCAUCUACAGUUGUUAUGUGAGGCUGUUUAACUCCAAUCACCUGUUUCAGUGUCAUCAUCCAUUGUUUGUCGCUUCCACUUGCCACCACUGUAAAUAAUUAUCUUUCCUUCUAGGAAAGCAUUUUUCGUCCACAGGGUUGAAAAGUGUGAAGAAACUUUAACCGAGGUCAGACAUUAAGUUAGCCGAACUACUGUUUUUUCUUGUUAUGCAUAGUGAUUCGUGUCCAAACCUCCGUUUAUUAAUCUGAAAUGUAGUUUAUAUACACCUGUAUUAAUUUUUGUCAUGUUGACAACUUCAGUAAUAAUGCGCCUUAGACAUACUUUACAUAAGCUCAUAUAUAAGACAUAGGACAAGACAGAUUUACAGUACUAAUAUUACCUAAUGACAAAUCCAAAUGAACCUUAUAAUUUUGUACUUGGGACAUUCGAAGAUAUUUCAUCACCAGUAAGUGUGUAUACAUAUUAGUAAAUUAGAUUUGUGCAUUAUCAGAUGAUAUUUUUUGUACAAUUAUUGGUAAUGUUGAACUAUAAAGGUCAGUUUGAGCUUGUAUUGAAAGAUGGAAUCAAGAUACAGUACAUGUAUAUAUAUUUAUAUACGUGUGUGUGUAUGUAUGUGUGUAUAUAUAUAUAUAUAUAUAUAUA